UGCACGCGCAGUUCAGAGUGGGCGUGACGUUGGUUCGGGCAGGGAGAAAAGCAAAACAAUCGUUUGAGCUAUUCCCUUUACCGGCUGUAUUUUGGGUUGUUUUAGACUGGUAGUACUAUUUAGUGCCUCCGCCGAAAUAACUGGGCUUUGUAGUCAGCAGAGUCAUUUUAAAUGUAUCUUUCCUUGUUAGGCUGUAGAAUCUGCCGACAUCUUAUCCUUCUUUAGAUGCACUUGGCCUGUUUGAAAAUGACUUCGAAGCGCCUCCUCGAUAAGAACCCAGCCGGCGUGAGAGGGAGCGGCGCCGGUAGCAUCGGGUAUGCGGGAAACUACUGCACUAAACACAGCGAGCAUUUUGCAGCGAAGACAGGCGGAGUCAUCACCAGAAAGAAAUCACCCGUAACGGUAAACGGGAUUGACACCCAAAUAGUGGAUACGUGCUCCCUGCAAGAGCCUAGCAAAGAAACGUGUCCUAGUGGAAACCAGUUGGCUUCAGGUCGAGAGAAGCACUACACCAAAAAAAAGACCAUCUAUGCAAGUGAGGAGGAUCAGAGGGAGGUGGGUCCAGGAGAGGUCCUGAAGUGCAGAAGUUUUACUCAUCGCUUGAUCCUGAAUGGACAAAGGCAAGAGGACCACAUGCAAGUGGAGUCCAUAAUUUCAUUAAGGAGCAUGUUGCCACUGUGUGUUACAGAUGUUUCAGCAGAGGAGAUCUAUGCAUCCUCUCAUAUCCCUGUCCCUCGCAACAGGAAGCCCUCAGGCCAUGCUGAUAAGGAGGUGAUGGCAGCUACUGUCUUGACCACUCUGUCCACAAGCCCUCUGGUGCUCAACCCUUCCUCUGGUGCCUCAGGUGGAGUAUCGGAGACAUCCAGCAGGGGAUGGAAGGAGAGUCUGUCAGCCAGCUACAGCAGCUCCACCAGUGGAAACUGGAGCUGGGAUGCCAGCGACCAGUCAGUGCCCAGCACACCAUCCCCACCCCUCUCCAAUGAUGUCAACAAGAGCUUCCUGAUCUACUCACAGGGAGAGGACAACAUUGAGGAGGCAGAGAGCACCCACUUCCUGUUUGAGGACCCUAUUCCCCGGAAACGUAAGAACUCGAUGAAGGUGAUGUUCAAAUGUUUGUGGAAGAACUGUGAAAAGGUCCUUAGUACUUCCUCAGGGAUCCAGCGGCACAUCCGCACCAUACACCUGGGGCGGAAUGGAGAUUCUGACUACAGUGAUGGUGAGGAGGACUUCUACUACUCAGAGAUUGAGGUGAACAUGGACACUCUGUCUGAAGGGCUGUCGAACCUCACACCGACCUCGCCCACCACCACUGGCCCGCCCCCUGUCUUUCCGCUUGCCAAUGACAUGGUGCAAUCCAAGUCUGCCACUGUGAUCCACAGUCCACUCAGCCAGUCAGCUCCCUCCACACUGUGCCAUAUCCGCACUGACCAUGCCUACCAGGCCACUGCUCCUGUCAGCAUUCCUACCGUGUCCUCCGAGCCACUGCACAACCACAGCGCCAUCAGUGUCUCCUGGCAGUCACCUUCCAUUAUCUUUAAAAGCCAACCAGGUGCAGUAACUCAUGUUGGCAUUUUGAGCACUGGGGAGAAGAGACAGACUGUCACACAUGCCGUCAGCAAGACACACACCACCACCAUAUCUACACCCAAAGCCAGCACUGGAACCAGAAAACCCCGGGGAGAAGCGAAGAAGUGUCGCAAAGUGUAUGGAAUGGAGAAGAAAGAUCUGUGGUGCACGGCAUGCCGCUGGAAGAAAGCCUGCCAGCGCUUCACUGACUGAUUUUACCCUUUCUCUUGCAUAUAUAACAGGCUCUUCUAAAAUCAGUGUCUGAAUCACUGACUCACUGUUGACCCCCUCUUGUGCACCAUAAAGGACUCCACUCCUUGAGGACUCUCAGAAUUAGGUAAGGGGCUUUUCUAGCAAGUGAGCUGUUUUAUGUCCUCCACACCGCAGCAAACAGUAAAACACAUUUCACUCUUGUGAAACAUUGCAAAAAAAAAAAAAAAAAAAAAGUUGGAAAAAUACAGUAUGCAUUAGCUUUUGCAGCACUACUCAAGCAAGAUUUUUUUGUUCUCUUUCUGUCAAGAAAAAAAAUUCUAAAAAAAAAAAAAAGAUACUAAGCUAAUGCAGUUUUAUAUAUAUAUAUAUAUAUAAUAUAUAUAUAUAUAUACAUACACACACACACAUACACACAAAUACACACCGAUCAGACAUAAUUAAAACCACUGACAGGUGAAUAACAUUGAUAUAGCAUUGAUUGUCUAAAAACGGCAGCUCUUGUGGGGUGUUCGUGAUAUGCAGUGGUUAGUACCCACCAAAAGUGGUCCAAGGAAGGACACCCGCUGACAGGCUCAUGGGCGCCCAAAGCUCAUUGAUGCGUGUGGGGAGUGAAGGCUAGCCCGUCUGGUUUGAUCCCACAGAACAGCUACUGUAGCACAAAUUGCUGAAAAAGUUAAUGCUGGCUAUAAUAGAAAUGUGUCAGAACACCCAGUGCAUCGCAGCUUGCUGUAUAUGGGGCUGUGUAGCCACAGACCAGUCAGAGUGCCAUGCUGACCCCUGUUCACCACCGAAAGCGCCUACAAUGGGCACGUGAGCAUCAGAACUUGACCAUGGCGCAAUGGAAGAAGGUGGCCUGGUCUGAUAAAUAAUAAUAUAUAAAUAAUCUGAUAAAUAAUAAUCUGAUAAGAGAUGGCACCAGGAUGCACUAUGGGAAGAAGGCAAGCAGGUGGAGGCAGUAUGAUGCUCUGGGCAAUGCUCUGCUGGGAACCCUUGGGUACUGGCAUUCAUGUGGUUGUUACUUUGACACAUACCACCUACCUAAACACUGUUACCGACUAAAUUCACCCCUUCAUGGCAACGGUAUUCUCUAAAGGCAGUGGCCUCCUUCAGCAGGAUAAUGCGCCCUGCCACAAAUUGUUCAGGAAUGGUUUGAGGAACAUGACAGUGUUCAAGGUGUUGACUUGACCUCCAAAUUUCCCAGAUCUCAGUCCGAUCGAGCAUCUGUAGGAAGUGCUGGAUAAACAAAUCCGAUCCAUGGAGGCCCCACCUCAUUUCUUACAGGACUUAAAGAAUCUGCUGCUAACCUCUUGGUGCCAGAUACCACAACAUACCUUCAGACAUCUUGUGGAGUCCAUGUCUCAACGGUCAGAGCUGAUUUGGCGGCAAAAAGGGGACUUACACAAUAUUAGUCAGGUGGUUUUAAUGUUAUGGCUGAUCUGUGUGUGUGUGUGUGUGUAUGUAUAUAUAUGUGUAUAUAAAUAUAUAAUUAAUAUAUAUAUAUAUAUAUAUAUAUAUAUAUAUAUAUAUAUAUAAAAUUGUAAGCAGCAAAUUUCUUUGAAGUUUUUUUUUUGUUGACAAUUUCUAAUCACUAUUGAAUGGUAGACUUUAUACAGUCCAUUUUAUAUUGAGUUGUUUAAGCAGGCCUAAAGUUCAUGCCUUUUGUUUAACCUCUGAAUGAGCUUUGAAGCUUUGAAGCUUUGAAUCUAUCAGUAUAAUUUCUUUAACCAAAGGUGAAGACUCUCAAUCAGAAUAUGUCCAGAAUUCUGCUCUCUCUGGAGUUUAGGCUUUAUUUAAUUUUCAAUUUGUGUUUUUGCCUUACUCAAACAGAUAAAACCAUCUUCCUGAAUCUUACUGAGAUCAUGGCUAUCAUGAUGAUGGAGCAAAUGAUGCUCAUAAGUUUCAUGUAGCUUUAACCAUGAAAAGAAAUGUUAUUUUAAGACUCUCCUGACAUGUCAAAAUGGAUAUGAUGCACCUUAUUAGAAUUCUCUCAGAAGUUUGUUAUAGUGAGAAAAUGUAAAUUAACCUUCAUAAAAAAUCAGGUUCAUUUUCUGAUAAAUUUUGCACCAGCUAUUUUAUCCUUGUCAUACAAAGUGAAAACAGAUCUCUCAAUUAUUUUUGAUAAACUGGUAUUUUUGUAGUGAACUACAGUGUUAAUUUAAAGGCGAGCAUGUUGACAGGUACAGCUCACUGUAGAAUGUGAUUUGUAGAUAUGUGUAUAUAAGUAUAGCUGUACUCCACUGUGAUCUUAUGAAUUGGUUAUGAGCGUGCCUGUUCGUUCUCCUCAGUGACCAAACAGGACUUUCAGUAGUGAGUGGCCACUAUUUGGUCAAUACUAAACAUGAGACCAGAGUCUCAGCCUAAAAGUGUAUUUCUCCAGAUUUUUGCAUAUAAAAAUGGCCACAGAUUUAAAAGGUGAUGGAGCUUUUUCUGGCAAAAUACUUGUUUGAUACCUCUUUGAAUGUAGACAUCGCCAUAUAUUCCACUGUGCUAGCUCUUCUCACACUCUCUCUGUCUUUCUUUCUGCUGCCAGCCAGACGAGCAUGGCUGCAAAUGAUGACUGUUCACUUGUGCACACGCGCGCACACACACACGCACACACACACACACACACAAGAAGGGGUGCCAUCUUCCCCAGCUCUAAUCUAUCUCUAGGAUUUCACUUAUCAGAGUUCCUACUGAUAUCCUAAAAUUGUUUUGGUAAACUCUCUUAAUGAUCUUAAAUCUUAAUAUCGCAGUUGUUUGCCUCUUUGCCUGUCAGACAUCCUGCCCGAUCUAAGCACACAGCAGGCUGAUCUUGUCUUUGUGGUGAAAGAGAGUGGUUCCCUCUGGUGCUUGUAACUUUCACUAAGUGCCAAUGAGAAGAACAAAGAGAGUUUUUUUUUGUUGUUUUUGGUUUUUUUUACUAAAAGAACUAAAAGAAUUGCACUAACUUGUACUGCACACAAACAUUAUUUUUAUGUGGCAUUUUUAUAUGGAUAAAUUGAAGUUUUAAAAAAGAGUAAAGAACAGAGUAACUGGCCUUACUUUUGAACUAUAGGUUCAGGGAUGGAGGCUACACACAGGCUCCACAACAAUAAGCUUAACAAUAAACUUUCUUGGUGGUACCUACAACAUCAUGCUUGUUAUUGGAUUGGCCUGCAUUUCCUCUUGUCCAGAGUACUUGUAUGUGGAGUGUCACUGCUUUUAUUUUCUCUUUUCUGUUUAUCAGCCACAGCUUUGUCAGCUUUUGGCAAAACUUCUCUCCAUGAGAAACUUUCCUCAAUGUUGACCCCCUAACCCACUAAUCAGCAUUGUGCAUUGACUGCUGCUGACUUAUGAAUCUCUCACACACACACACACACACACACACACACACACAGACACACACACACUUCACACCGUGACCCUGACCAGGCUUUGAAGUCUUUGUCAAAUCCUCAUGCUAGUUCACUCAGUCUAAGAACCCUGUAUCUAUCCCAUGAAAUACAGCUCCCCCACAAACUACAGGAUAUAAUCAGGAUCUGAGUGCAUCAGCAAGCAAAACAUUCACAAAAAUUCCCUUGAGAUGUUACUAGUGACAGCUGCAUGGACAGUUAGGCAACUCACUGUCAUAAUCUAUAUAUCAGUUCAUGAAGAAAGAGAGACAUAAGGUGAAUCAAACAUUGGCUAUCUGAGUGAGGGUAAAGAGAUUGUAGCUGACUUCUUGGAACCCUCAACUUUUAAAUAAUUAUUUAGUUAUUAAUAGUUAUUCUUUGUUUGGGACAGCAGAGUGGUGACUGGUGAUGCAGCAGAACAGGCAGGUUUGUCAGCUUUGCUCAGAACAUCUCUCCAUGAGGACCUUUCCUCAGUUUUGACCCCCUCACCCACUAAUCUGAAGCUACACUUCAUGUACAUUGACUGCUGCUGACUUAUGAAACACACACACACACACACACACACACACAUACAUGUGUGUGUGUAUAUAUAUAUAUAUAUAUAUAUAUAUAUAUAUAUAUAUAUAUAUAUAUAUAUAUACACAUACAUAUUAUAGUAACUCCUUGGUCUCCUGGAUGAGAUGAUUCAUCUACAUAUUUCAUGGGGAAGAUGCACAUGAGAGGGUGAUUUUGGUAUUGAGGAAGAUAUUGAGGAAGGGCUCUGUUGAUAUUGAGGAAGGGAAAGAGAGAAUGAAGCAUGAUACAGUGACACUUCAAAUGCAGGUAGUGGUGUUCAGUUUCAGUGUUGUUUGAAACCUGAAAAUGCAGUUCACAUUUUUAUUCUUUUAUAUUCUGGCUCAUUUGCCAUGGCUGUUUUUAUAAUCUUAAGUAGAAAAUUAAAAUUGUAAGAAAAUGUUUUUUGUUUUCUUUUUUAACUGAAGAUCUAGUGAAGAUACAAUGUAAUUCAACAUUUUAUGUUGGGUUCAAGUGGAAAAUCAACAAUGAAUGUAAAAUCUUCAAAAGGAAAUGCCUAUAAACACCUGUCACUGUUGAUAGAGCUGCAUUCUGAUAUCUCGGCGACGUUUACAGUCGGAGACUAUAUCUAUAUGUUUUCGGUGAAAAAGACCUAAAGCUUUCACAUGACAUGAAUGAGAGUGCCGUUUAGUGGUAAGAGAACUAGUCGGAUUUUAUUGUAAAUAGGAUGCAGUGUUUAAAUCUUACAGAAUGCAGCUUUAACGUUCCAUCACCUUUUCUGUAGCCUUGCAUUAUGCACAUCGUUUAUCACUUAUUUUAGCAUAACAGUAGUGAGAACCUAUCAGUGUUUUGCUUCAGUUUUUUUUUCUGUUGUCAGUUAAAAUGCUUUAAAUCUGUUUCUCUCUCCAAAUAGUGUUUUUUUUUCUGUGAGCUUAAGUCAGAGUAUAUAUUUGUCUACUAUUGCCAGGCAGGAGAUGCUUAAACUAGUGAGUUUAUUUUUCUGCAUUUUAAGUUGGUCCUGUCCUGCACAUUCCGACAGACUGCUUAUUUGUGUUUGUCUGUCUCCUCGCUCAUAGUGUCACUGUCUGUCUGUCUGUCUGUCUGUCUGUCUGUCAGGCCUUACCCAGGAAAUUAAGCUAAACACCCAAUAAAUGUGCAGUUUCACUUUGCAUUUUUUAAAAACAUUUUUAGAUAUUACAGAGCAAAUGGAAUGUAAUGAAAUGUAACAGAGCAAACAGCUUUCAGUGAUUAAAAAACAAACAAAUGUGUAAUCAUUUUAAUGAGUUUUACUGAGCACAGUCUUUAUUGUGUCUUUUGCUUUCGAUCUUUAUUUUUAGUUUAUUUUGUCAAUUGACCCAGUUGGCCUUUUUCAGAAACAACCGCUCUUUGAUGUUUUCACUGGUCUGUUUGGGUUGAUAUUUUCUGCAUGUCCUCUGUACGGUCAUACUUUAUUGGAAACAUUUUUGUGAUGUGUCUGAAGUUCACUGUUGUGAGCAGAGUGUGAAAGACGUGAUUGUGUGGAUGGAUAUGUAGCUUAUGUUUGACAAGCUCUAUGAGGAAAAUAUGAUUUAUAUGGAUGUAAUGUGAUUAAAUCUAGAUUUCAGAAGGA